AUGGUGCAGUUGUAUUGGAAAAAACUUUCGCAUGCAGAAGACGAAGAAGAAGAAGAAGAAGAAGAAGACGAAGAAGAAGAAGAAGAAGACGAUGAUGAUGAAAAGGUCGUCGACAACACAAUUGAUUGUCGGCUAUAUAGUAAAAAAAUGUCCAAAAGACCUAAAUUUAUAACUGAUUUUUUUCAACAAAAAUCAGCAGUAUCAAGGUCUGACACUUCUGAGACCAAUGACCCUAUUUCAAAUAUGGAAGUAGAGGCUGAAGACACCUCUGAAAUGAGCAGGACAGAAAAAUUUAUUCCACAACCUGAGGAGGAUUCGGCAAAAUCUGCUCAUCAGCAAGAUGUUACACAAGGAGCUACUUCUAGUGAUAAAGAAGUACCUGAGCAUCAAAAUCCUCCACAUACUAAACAUGAUAUUGCCAUUGUGUUUGAGAAUGCAAUCUGCUUAGCAGAUGGAUUUUUACAUUCCUUGCGAACUCAGACUACUGUUCAGAUGUCUGUUGAUAAACAACAUGCAAAGAAUGUCAAGGAAUCUCGGGAACGUCUAACCCCCAUCAUUAAGACUGUUAUUUUGUGUGCCAGACUUGGCAUAGCCUACAGAGGCCAACGCAAAAACUGA